AUGGCUGGCGACUUCAUCCUCGCUGUGGCGUCGAUGAUGAUAGCUCGCCUGCGCAGUGAUGAAGUUACGUUGGUGCUCAGCCAGGUGGUGACUGACUUAGUUCAAGGUGAAUUCAUGCAGCUCGGCAGCAAAGAAACAGAAAACGAGAGAUUCUCACACUACCUCACCAAGAAUUACAGAAAAACGGCAUCGCUCAUCGCCAACUCGGUCAAAGCGGUGGCGCUACUGAGCGGCGCGGACGAAAGCACAUGCGAGCUUGCGUUCCAAUAUGGACGUAAUGUGGGUCUCUCUUUUCAACUGGUUGAUGAUUUACUGGACUUCGUGUCUUCAGCGCAAGCAAUGGGAAAGCCCACUGCCACUGACCUUAAACUUGGCUUAGCCACUGCGCCGGUGCUUUUCGCGUGUGAAAAGUACCCCGAACUGAAUCCAAUGAUAAUGAGGCGGUUCCAAGAGGCCGGAGACGUUGAGAAAGCCUUCGAACUGGUCCACAAAUCGCGUGGUCUCGAACAGACCCGCUUCCUCGCUCGCAAACACGGCUUAGAGGCCGCACGUUUAGCCUCGGAACUCGCGGACUCGCCCUACCAAAAAGGCCUAGUUGUUACCACCGACCUCGUGCUUAAUAGGAUCAAAUAA